AUGGAAGGUCUGCUGGGUUCCCCCAUGCACCAUCUGGACCUCUCACAGCCGUUGGAUGAUCCACAGCUCUUUGGAUCCAGCCGUUCACCUUCAUCCAUGCGACCCUCCAUCCUAUCUGUGGCAUUAUUGGAGGCGAUUCACUCCUCCGCCCUCCUCACUCCCUCCACCCCGCCCCUCUCCCUCACUCUCCUAUCCGACUCCACCCCCCACCACUACUCCCUCGGCUCCGCGUCUCUCUCUGCUCUCAUCCGCCCUGUCCUCCUCGCUCCCCCUGUGUCCCCCUCACAACCCUCUUCCACAUUCUUUCCAAACCAAUCCCCGUCAUCAUCCCAAUCGCAACCACCACAACAAAGCCCAUUGCCUACCCUGUCAGCACCAUCACUCUCUCCCCCUCCCCUCACCCCCUCGUCGUUCCACCUGCUCUUGCAAUCGCUCCUAGCAGCGGGCCUGCACCAGCAAGCACAGCACCUCUUCUCCCUCUCGCUUCUCCCCCCCUCCUCCCUCCAUCCCACCCUGCACACCACAACCCAAGCCUUACCAGAGUCCAGAACAAAAGGGGGAGAGCAGGGGAGAGAGAGCAGGGGGGAAUCAGUGUACGAUCCAUGGGUGCGAUUUCUCACAGGUGGGUCACCUGGGUCACCCAUGGAAUGGGGAGCAGCAUCAGGGAUGCAUGGUGGUGGUGAGUCAUUGACGUGCCAUGGACUGCCGUGUCCGGAUUCGGAGUCGUUGGAUUUGAUGCUGCGGGCCAUGGCACGGGACGGCAGGGACUUGUUUGACCUGCUGCGAUUGGUGCGCCUCACACACGCUGCCAUGGACAGGGCGCAUGCUGACGUGGACAGGGCGCAUGCUAACGCAGACAGGACACAUGCUGACAUGGCAGAAGGAAACCGUGCUCCUGCUGCGACUGCUCCUGGGGCAGGCAGCAGCAGCAAGCACCCCCCUCCGCGGACCCACACCCUCAGCCCAUCAGCCUAUAGCAGUCUCAUUCGCGCGUGUGUGAACGGGGGGCAAGUGAAGGAGGCACGGAGACUGCUGAGGGACAUGGAGAGGAGGGGAGUGCGGCCCACACAGGCAGCAGUCAACAUGGUCUCUCACAUGCACUUUCUGCAUGGCGACCCUGAUGCCGCCCUCUCGCUCCUGCAACAUGUGCGGGCAGCGCACAAGCUGCCAAUGAACGUCGCCCUCCUGACGACGUAUGUGUGGGGGCUGGGGCAGGCUGGGCGGGUGGAGGAGGCGGAGGAGAUGCUGCUGGGGGAGGUAGGGGGUGGUGGUGGGAUAGCAGGGGGGAACGGGGGGGAUGGGAAAGAUGGGGGGGAUGGGGAGGGGGUGUGUAGUGCUGCAGUGCAGCCGAAUGUGCGGACAUGGAAUGCUUUGAUGCAUGGGUAUGCCGUUAAGGGCGAUGCUGAUGCUGCUGAAGGCGUGCUGGGACUCAUGCGCGGGGAAGGAGGAGUUAUGAUGGGUGGAGAGCGGUUUGAGGCAGGAGGAGGAGAGAUAGGGGUGGGGGGGGAUGGUGGGGGAACAGAGGCUGGGGAGGAGGAGGACGGGGAGGGAGGGGAGAGUGAUGGGACUGGGGAAGAGUUUUGGGAUGGGGAUGAAGAGUACGAGGCGGGAGAGAGAGCAGAGGAAGUGAGAGACGCAGAGCAAGCAGGUGAUACUGGCAUGCGGAUAGAACAUCAUCCGUAUCACCAGCAUCAGCAUCAGCAUCAGCAUCAGCAUCAGCAUGAGCAUCAGCAGCAAGCCGAGAGCACUCCCAAGAGCAAAGCUCGGUUCCCGUGGCCCAGUGUGCGGCCCAACACAGUGACAUACACCACUCUCAUGGCAGCAUACACAGCGGCUGGGAGGAGUGCAGAGGUGUGGGACGUGUACCGGGAGAUGCGAUCCCUCUCCAUCCCUCCCAACCACUUCACCUUCGCCACCCUCGUCUCCUCCUGCGCCGCCCGCAGCCGCCCGGAUCUCAUCGAGUCGGUGCUCGCUGAUGUGGCGGCGUGUCAGCAGCGAGCUGACGUGGCGCUGGUGACGAGUGUGCUGGCGGGUGUGGCGGGGUGCUGCAGCGGGAGGAAAGAGGAGGCGGGGAGGGUGCUGAGGUGGUUUCUUGGGGAGGUGGAGAGUGAGGGGGGCGUGGGGGAGGCAUGUGCUCGGCUGAACCUAGAAGAUGGCCUUUCUGAUGCUCAGGUGUGUGACGGUGGGGGUGAUAGACCCAUUUUUGUUGCACCAGGCCGAAACGGUGCAGGGGAGGUGAUGACAACACCCAGACAAGGCAGAGGGGGUGCCACCGAGCUGGUCCACUUAGGCGGCGACACGUGGCAGCUGGACGUGCGGCGGCUGUCGUACGGAGGAGCAGCGGUGGCGCUGAAUCAGUGGCUGGUGAAGCUGCUGCACGUGGUGCACUGUAAUGACACUGCCCGGCUGCAGCUGGGCUCUGCUGCUCCUGCUAGCAGCGACAGCGUGGAGGAGAAGAAUAGGAGCAAGCAGGUGGGGGGGGAGGAAAGGGGGCGGGCAGGGGGAGGGGCGGGUGAGGCAGGCGGUGGUGCAGGAGGUGGGGCGGCUGGGGCUGCCACUGGGGGUGGGGGGGCGGGGGCAGCACCAUGCGGGGAGGCUGACGGCGUUUGGGCCGGACCUGGUGGCGUGGCUGAGAGGGCCGCACGCCGCUGCCAUGCUGCAACUGGUAGAUCAUGA